AGACACAUAGAGAAUAAUCGGAUACGUAUGAUCGAGAACAGGUCCCUCUACGGUCUGGACAUCCAUCGAUUGCGGCUUCAGAAGAACAACCUAGUUACAUUGAAUGGAAUAUUUGAUGGACUACCUGAACUUCAAAGAUUGAACCUCUCAAGCAAUGACAUCAAACACAUAGCUAAAGGUGACUUCCAGGACCAAAUUAACCUCUUAAUUCUUGAAUUGAGCAACAAUCCAAUCACUCGCAUCGAUCCUGGCGUAUUCGUUAACACGAUAAGCCUGGAGUAUAUUUUACUUCUGGAUUUACAACUACAAUCGAUUCGAGGAAACGUACUGGCAGGUCUAACAUCUUUGAAAGCCAUAUCCACUUCUGAUAACAGGCUAUGUUGUCUUCUUGAUCAAAGAGAAAACGUCACUUGCGCUAGGACGUCUCCUACAAGUCCUCUGGAAACCUGUGACAGGCUCUAUCCGAGCGUUGUCUUAAGAAUCGCCGGCUGGGUCAUAGGACUUACAUCUCUCAUCGGCAACCUGACUGUCCUGGUACUACGCCUUCGCCAGGAGCAGCAGCUCACCGUCCAAACUCUCUUAAUCAUGAACUUAGCCGUUGCAGACUGUCUCAUGGGUAUCUAUAUGAUAAUUAUCACAUCAGCAGAUAUCUAUUUCGGCAGUAUCUAUUUCUUGAGUGCACCAAUUUGGCGUGAAUCGCAUUUGUGCAAAUUUUCGAGUUUCCUCGCUUUUCUAUCCAGCGAAUGUUCUGUUUUCACAUUGGCAUUAAUGACGGUCGAUCGAUUCGUCUGUAUUAUAUUUCCUUUCGGUGGGUACCGUUUGACUGUGAAAUCAGCCAGAGUUAUCAUGAUGUUAUUAUGGUUAGUCAUGUGCAUACUCAGUGUCAUACCCAAUUUGGUUCCAUCGAAUUUGCCCGGGUUUUACGGACUAUCUGAUGUUUGUGUUGGUUUGCCACUACAUGCCGAGUCUGAAGAGAUAGGAAAGCUUGAGUUUAAAGAGAAUAUAUUCAAUAGGGAAUUCCAUUUUGAGUAUGUAGUUGUCGAGAGCACUUUUCGUCCAUCCUGGCUCUACGCCAUUGCAACAUUUAUCGGUGUUAACAUGAUUCUAUUCAUAAUUAUCUUAAUAUGCUAUAUAAUGAUGUUUAUAGAGGUGAAGAGAUCAACACAAUCUGUGGCGAAUACUGCUUUACGUAAUCGAGAAAUCAAAGUUGCUAGAAAAAUGGCAUUUAUCGUCGGAACCGAUUUCGCCUGCUGGAUGCCCAUCAUAGUUAUGGGUAUUCUCACCCAAUCCGGUCUGGUUGACUUACCGACAUCCCUCUAUGCUUGGAGUGUGAUAUUCAUCAUCCCAAUCAACUCCUCAAUUAACCCUAUACUGUACACGUUCGUAAAUUAUAUCGAAAAUAAGAAAAAGCCUGAACAAGCUAGAAGAAAAACGAAAGUUGAUGGUAUGACAGCAAAAAGAGCGAGUGUGAAUGUUAUCUCUUUGACCGAACUCAACAAUGGUGGUCAUCUUUAAAAUGAAGUCAGGAUAUUGACCAUGGUAAUGACGAAUGUUGAAAGUACUGAAAGUGAAUUAAGUAAAAAGAAAUGGAUUCUAUGUAAAUAUAUUUGACCAUAUUUCCAUUGGUCAUUAUUGUAAUUGACAUUAAAGAAUGUUUCAAAAAGUCAAUACAUUCAAAAUUUGAUUCAGCUAAGGAUUAAACAAAAUUACAAAAAAGAGAUAUCUAAUACCUGUCCAAACUACCAAUUUUGGGUCAUAUUGUUUAACACAUUGUUUUUUUGUUAUUGUGUUUGUAGGUUCUUGUAUCAAUGCACUAAAUUAUUGUUAGCAUCAGCAAGUGUUGAAUGAGGAUAGAAGCGUAUUUCCUACUACCGUGCUGUUAUAUUUCUUGAUACUCAUUCUAAUUCAUUCUACUAAAUCUAAAUAUAGUUAGACUUCUAAUCAAAUGUUGUCAACGGGACAAUUACAAUGGAACACUAUGAUAUGCAUUUUAUGACACGCUUUUGAAAUUAAUUCUUCAAUGUCGAAAGUAUAAUAUAUCUUUUUGUAACACAGAAUUUUUUGUUUUAAUUGUGCGUACUUUCAAUUGCUAUACUACUUAUUUAAAAACAAAUCUUUGUGGCACUGUGAAAAAUAAUGUACAUUAUGUAAUGUUAUUCCAAAGUCAGUUUAAGUCAUUUUACAUUGCGUUCUUUCUGUUUCUAUAAUGAUAAUUAUUUAAUUAUCAUUUGGUGUAAAUUGGAAUAAUCAAGUAAAUAUAUCUAAUCUUUAAAAAUCAGUUAAUCUUUUUCAUUUACAAAA